AUGGAAAACCAAUCCCAAGAACCAUCUCUACUAGAAUAUGCCCGUUUCUACGGAAUCGCAGCAGACAUCACCGCAACAAGCCCACUCCAAUACAUCGACCAGACAUGCAAGGUCAGCAAGAGCAACAGCAACAAGAAUACUACUACUAUAUCAAAUAGCACAGAUGAACCAUCAGAAUUCGACAUCUACCUAUCUUCAACCCAUGCAGAGGUUGAAGAAACCCUCCGAAAAGAAAAGCUCAAUGUCAGCAAAGAUGACGCCUACUUCCUCACUACUGUCAUCAGGAAUACGAAAACGAGCAUGAUAUCCAUUGACUGGGACUCUCUACUGCGAGGAUCUCGUGAAAGGGAUCUCCCUGGUAAACUGGAGCUUGAGCUUCCCCUUUGGAUGGAAGAUGAUGAGGCAUCUCUCAAGAAUAGAUAUAAACACCAUGUCCUGUUUGAUAUCAAUGAAGAAUCACCUAAUACCCUCACCAAAGGCGACGAAUUGGAGUUCCUAGAUAAUACAUUUCGAGAAGCGAAUGAUCUUGCCAAGGAGAUCCAGGCUGAGAAGCUGGACUGCCCUAUGGACUCGCUGCGCUGGAUACAGAGUAUCAGACGGUACAUGAAUCCAGGGCCUGGGGGUUUGGAGAAGCUUUUCGAGUCUAUUCUGGACCAUGAAUAUCACCGGACAAGAAAAGACGUCCUGCUUCGACCUAUGCAAUUCAAUGACACCCACGAAACCCCACCUUUGAAUAAGAUACGCAUGCUGCCCAGUCCGACCUCAUCUGAUAUUAUUAUCUCCAAGGCAGGACCAGGACUAUCUCCCACCCGCCAGACGCCGCAUUACGGUCACAAUAACCCCCAAGAUAGACCUGGAGGUAGUGGUAUAUUCUGGAAGCCUUCGUUCCAAUAUCAAUCCUCGUGGGAUUGCUGGAGUACCCUCGCCGUGGAACAAUUGGAUUUGACAUCUCCAUCCUCAGAGAACGAAUACAAGGGUCAAAUCUGUACUCGGAGGUCUCAAUCAGAACAUCCGACCGAAGGCCCUUCUUUUAUCAGGAUAUCUCCAGACGAUUCAGCUCGAAAGGCCAUAGAAACUACAAAUGUUGGUUAG